AUGGCGGCAAAGGCGGCGGUCCCGUUCCACCGUGGCGCGAGGCAGAGGAGUGGCCAGUCCUUCGGCCUGGCCCUCAAGCUCCUCGCAGCGAUGGUGCUGUGCCUCAUCCUGGCGGCAAGCCCCGCGUGGAAUGGGGGCUCGGCCAUGCUCUUCAAGGGUGGCGCCAAGUCUCCAGGUCUACAAGGCGGCGCUAAUCAGCAGGACCCCAAGCUCGCGGAGCUGUCGGUGGAGGAGCUCGAGUCGCUCGCCAAGAUGGCCGAGAAGAUGGGCUGGACCGAGGCUGCUGGCAAGGCUCGGGCCCAGCUCGCUGCUCGCCGCGCUCCCUCUGCUCCCAAGCCUGGUCCAGAGGAGCACCUGAAACGCAUCCAGCGCGAGCGGGUCAAGCACGGGAAUAGGAUGGAGAAGGAGCUCCAGAGGAUCGCCACGCUGGAGAUGCAGUUGGCAGCCCAACGGGAUCUGGUGCGUUCUAUGGCGUGCGAGCUGGACCAGUUGGACAAGAGCUACGAAGAGACGGCCAAGCUCGUCGCGUCAUCCGCGAAGCCAGACACCGUCGAGCACACUGUCCCCACUAUCCACUUGGAGGACUUGUUGGCUGGACGGAUUGAGGGAUUCAACAUUGAGCUUGGUUCAGUCUUCAAUGUGGGCGACGAGGACAUCAGUGCUGAGGAAAUGGACGAGAUCAAGAAGCGACGCGACACGCUGGUCUCGCAGUUCCACACCAUGGCGAAGGAGCUGUUCCCCCAGGCGGCCAACAACGCCAAGGAGGCCAAGGAGGCUCACGCUGCCCAGACCGCGCGGCUGGAGCAGAAGCGCCGCCGCACCGCUGCCG